AUGUCAGUCGGUAUAGGGGAUUACAACUUUGUGGAUCGGGCGAAGGAGAUGCCUGAACUGGCUCGUGCUUUAUCCACAGGGAUGAUGCCAGAUGAACAACACAGCAGUCCAGCUGGAGAUGACACGAUAUCGCCGACAGACAGACAGAGAGAGGAUCAAGUUACCAGCCUUGCACGUCAGAUGUCUCGUGCGUCCAUCCAUGGUGAUCAACCUCUCGACUUAUUCAAUUACAACGCGGAUAGCGACCUCGACCCUUUCUCCGACAACUUCAACGCAAGGAAGUGGGUAAAAGAGAUGAGCAGGAUCAGUCAGGAGUCUUCACCAAGGAGGACCGCAGGUAUAUCCUACUCAGGCAUGAGUGUUCAUGGGUUCGGAUCCGAUGCUGAUUAUCAGAAGACAGUCAGCAAUAUCGGAUUAUCUCUGCUGAGUUCCGCUCGGGAUCAGUUUAGCAAUCGAAAACGGAAAGUUCAUAUCCUCAAUGACCUGGAUGGAGUACUCGAUGCGGGGGAAAUGCUGGUUGUUUUAGGUCCCCCUGGAAGUGGGUGCACCACGCUGUUGAAAACAAUUGCUGGAGAGACGAAUGGUAUAUUCUUGAAUGACGAGGCUGAGAUCAACUAUCGAGGUAUCACCCCCAAGCAGAUGCAUGGUAGAUUUCGUGGGGAGGCAAUAUACACUGCGGAAGUGGACGUCCACUUUCCUGGUAUGACCGUUGGUGAAACGCUUCAGUUUGCUGCCGAAGCUCGUGCGCCUCGUUCCCCUCCAGGUGGUCUAAGUAGAAUCCAAUGGGCGACACAUUACAGAGACGUCAUCAUGUCGGUUUUUGGUAUCACACACACAAUCAAUACAAAAGUAGGGAAUGACUUUAUCAGAGGAGUGUCUGGUGGAGAACGAAAGCGUGUCACUAUCUCAGAGGCCGCUCUGGCUGGUGCUCCUCUUCAAUGUUGGGACAACUCCACCCGUGGUCUUGAUUCUGCCAAUGCCAUCGAAUUCUGUAAGACUUUGAGAAUGCAGGCCGAAUAUCUGGGUACGACCGCUGUGGUUGCAAUCUACCAGUCUCCACAAUCUGCAUACGAUCUGUUCGACAAGGUCUCUGUGCUGUAUGAAGGCGAGCAAAUCUAUUUUGGAAAGAUCCACGAAGCCAAACCAUUUUUCGAAGACAUGGGCUUUGAAUGUCCUGCACAACAGACUACACCGGAUUUUCUCACUAGUUUAACCAGUCCAUCGGAGCGUAAAGCGAGGCCAGGAUUCGAAAAUCGAGUUCCAAAUACACCCAAGGAAUUUGUUCACAGAUGGAAGCAGAGCGCGGCGUAUGACAAGCUAAGAGAGGAUAUUGCGUUAUUCAAUCAGCAGCACCCUGUGGGGGGGCAGAAUUACGAAGAUUUCGUGAUCUCCAGACGAGCUCAGCAAUCCAAACGGACCCGUGCUUCUUCGCCCUAUACAUUAUCAUACGGUCAACAAGUCAAACUUUGUGUUGCACGGGGCUUCUGGCGUUUACGUGCGGAUCCCAGUCUGACCUACACGCAGCUUUUCGGUAAUUUCGUAAUGGGUUUGAUAAUCAGUUCGGUUUUCUACAAUCUCCAGGAUACAACGGAUAGCUUCUACCAACGAGGGUCUUUGCUGUUCUUUGCUGUACUGCUCAACGCUUUUGGCGCUGCCCUGGAAAUUCUCACACUCUACGCUCAGCGUCCAAUUGUUGAGAAGCAUGCUCGUUACGCCUUCUAUCAUCCCUCCGCCGAAGCCUUUGCAUCCAUGCUUGUCGACAUGCCUUACAAAGUCCUAAACGCCAUCUUCUUCAAUCUGGUCCUAUACUUUAUGACUAAUCUCCGACGUGCACCUGGCCCCUUCUUCUUCUACCUGAUGAUCAACUUCUUUGCCACCCUCACCAUGUCAAUGAUCUUCAGAACGAUCGGCUCUGUGUCUCGUCAAUUCGUCGCUGCUAUGACACCGGCGUCCAUCAUCAUGAUCGGUCUUGUUGUCUAUACUGGAUUUGCCAUUCCGGUUACAUACAUGAGAGGAUGGUCUCGGUGGAUCAACUACAUCGACCCUAUCGCAUAUGCUUUUGAAUCUCUGAUGAUCAACGAAUUUCAUGGUCGAGAUUUCUCGUGCUCCUCCUUUGUUCCCUCUCCACUUAUUCCCGGCUAUGCCGACGUAGGUGCUACCAAUCGAGUUUGCAGUACUGUCGGCUCAGUAGCUGGUGCGAGCUCCGUCAACGGGGAUACGUAUCUCGCUGUUUCAUAUGCCUACUACCACUCACAUAAGUGGCGAAAUUUCGGCAUCCUGCUUCUCUUCAUGUUCUUCUUCUUCGCAACAUAUAUUGGUGCCACUGAAUACAUCACUGAGAAACAAUCGAAAGGCGAGAUUUUGGUGUACCCUAAAGGUCAGAUACCCGAGGCUCUCCGAUCAUCCAAAAGCAGUGAUGCAGAAUCAGAAGGGUCCGAUUCUAAUAAUAGAGUCAAGUCUUCCUCUGAUGGGGUCAACACCGCUAUCAUUCAACGGCAGACAAGUAUAUUCUCCUGGCGUGAUGUCGUGUAUGACAUUAAAAUCAAGAAAGAGACCAGACGUAUUCUGAACCACGUCGACGGGUGGGUGAAACCUGGAACUCUUACUGCUCUGAUGGGAGUUUCCGGUGCAGGUAAAACAACUCUCCUCGAUGUUUUGGCUACCCGUGUGACUAUGGGAGUAGUUACGGGUGAAAUGCUAGUGGAUGGUCACCAGCGGGAUGUUUCGUUCCAGCGAAAAACCGGUUACGUGCAGCAACAAGAUAUCCACCUUCAGACCAGUACCGUUCGAGAAGCGCUUAGAUUCAGUGCCCUUCUCCGACAGCCUAAGCAUGUCAGUAAGCAGGAGAAAUUGCAAUAUGUCGAAGAAGUCCUCAAGCUACUCGAGAUGGACGGUUAUGCGGAUGCGGUCGUUGGUGUACCCGGUGAAGGCUUGAAUGUUGAGCAACGUAAACGCUUGACCAUUGGAGUGGAACUUGUCGCAAAACCAGAGUUACUGUUGUUCCUCGAUGAACCGACCUCUGGAUUGGAUUCACAGACGUCUUGGAACAUCCUCCAACUGCUCCGAAAACUUACCGAAAACGGGCAAGCCAUUCUUUGUACCAUCCAUCAGCCUUCAGCCAUCUUGUUCGAGAACUUUGAUCGACUUUUAUUCCUAGCCAAAGGUGGUAAGACUGUCUACUUUGGCGAAGUCGGAAAAGGAUCGCACAUCUUGAUCGACUACUUCACAAGGAAUGGUGCGCCUGAAUGUCCACCUGGUGAAAAUCCUGCUGAGUGGAUGCUUGCUGCAAUUGGGGCUGCUCCUGGAACUCACACCGACGUUGACUGGCAUCAGCAGUGGGUCAACAGUCCUGAGAGAGUCAGAGUCCAUGAAGAAUUGGAUCGAAUGAAACAAGAGCGGCCUGCGGCGAAGGAACACUCCGGAGACUCAAAGGCUGACAAAGCUAGCUACUCGGAAUUCGCUGCGCCUUUUGGAACACAAUUCGUCGUCGUACUAAAGCGUGUGUUUGAACAAUAUUGGCGGACUCCUUCCUACAUUUACUCAAAGCUCUUCCUCGCGACUGCUUCUGCUCUCUUCAUAGGAUUCUCUUUCUUCAAGGCGGAUACCUCUCAGCAAGGUCUUCAAAGUCAGCUCUUCUCGGCUUUCAUGUCCUUCCUUAUCUUCGGCCAGCUUGUGCAACAAAUCAUGCCCAAUUUCGUCGUGCAGCGGAGCUUAUAUGAGUCUCGAGAGCGCCCAUCCAAGACCUACGACUGGAAAGUAUUCAUUUUGAGCAACAUAGUCGUAGAAAUUCCCUGGUCCAUGCUUGUGGGAACCCUGUUCUUUUUCUGCUGGUACUACCCUAUCGGUUAUUACCGCAACGCAGUACCCACCAAUACUGUUCACGUUCGCGGUGCUCUAAUGUGGCUAUACAUGCAGGUGUUCUUCCUCUUCACCUCGACCUUCGCCACCGCGAUAGUCGCCGGUAUGGACCUGGCUGAAACGGCGGGUAACAUUGCUCAAUUGAUGUUUUCCUUGUGUCUCAUCUUCAAUGGGGUCCUCGUCGUAUACAACUCGCUCCCUGGCUUCUGGAAAUUCAUGUACCGAGUCUCGCCUUUCACAUACCUGGUUGAGGGCCUCUUGAGUGUCGCCGUCGCCAACACCGCAGUCGUCUGCUCGUCCGCCGAAUACUUACGAUUUGAGCCUCCCAAUGGAGAAACGUGCGGCACUUACAUGUCCAGCUAUAGAUCAAUAGCUGGAGGGUAUCUCCUGGAUGAGAACGCGCAGAGCAAUUGUCAAUACUGUGCGAUCGACAGCACUAACACGUUCUUAUCGAAUUUCAACAUCCAGUAUGCGCAUCGAUGGAGGAACUUCGGUCUCAUGUGGGUCUACAUCAUUGUCAAUGUCAUUGCUGCUAUUGGGUUUUACUGGCUGAUUCGCGUGCCCAAGAAGGCGGGCAAGGAGAAACCUACAACCGAGAGGGAAAAUCUGAAAGCCAUAUCCCGAGAAAAGUCGCGGGAGACUGGAAGAGUAUCAACGUGA